UCUUUUGACUUUUCUUAAUCAAAUCCUGGACUGUGAGAGAACGUGAGAACAGAAGAGUGUUUUUUUUUUCUCGAGAAAGCGAAGGAAAAUCUCUUCUUUCGCUGCAACAAAUGGCGACUGCGAUUCCACUCUUCGCUUCUUUCAAGUACGCCGAUAGCCUAACCGUCGUCGGAAUCUCAUUCUGCACGGCGUUGGUCUGUGAAGCCAUCUCAUGGAUCCUAAUCUACCGUACCAGCUCGUACAAAUCCUUGAAAUACUCAAUUGACAAGGCCGCGAAGAAACUCGAGACGAUGAAGACGGAGAACCCAUCAUCGAAGCUAACCAUCAAGAAAUCGAAGACGAAGAAGAUCGAUCGCGUUGAAACCAGCUUAAAGGAGUCGAGCCGAGAUCUGUCUCUCUUCAAGUUCAAAUCCGGCGCCGUUGUGGCACUGGUUCUCUUCGUCGUCUUCGGGUUGCUCAAUUCCCUCUUCGAAGGUAAAGUCGUCGCGAAGCUUCCGUUCCAUCCGAUCACGAUUGUGAAGAAGAUGAGCCACCGGGGAUUGAAAGGCGACGAUCCGACGGAUUGCUCCAUGGCUUUCCUUUAUCUGCUGUGUUCGAUCAGCAUCAGAACCAAUCUACAGAAAUUUCUGGGCUUUUCUCCGCCGCGAGGAGCUGCUGGUGCUGGAUUGUUCCCCAUGCCCGAUCCCAAGACGAACUGAUUCUAUCAGUUUGAUCUCACUGUUUUAAUUUCUGUUUUGGGUUCUCUUUUGUUGAGAUUUUUAAACAAUCUGACGAUUUUUCAUUAUAAGAAACAUUUUCAAGUUCUGAAA